AUGAUUGUGACAUCAUCGCAGGUCCUAUACCUCCCCAUCUAGCAGAUACGGAACAGGUCCUGGUCGGACAAUACGAAGAUUUUACGUGGAGGAGGACUAUCCCCUCCAGCUGAUCCAGUUGUCUCCUCUUCUCCUGAAUGACCCCUAAGGAUGGACAAGGACAGGAAUGAGAUGACUAAGAGAAUAUUACACUUCACCUUGGAGAUCCUCCACCUGCUGACCGGAGAGGAGUACACCAUAGUGAAGAAGACAUGGGGGGAGUGUGUGGCCCCCAGCAGCCAUCUCCAUGAGUCAGGAGGACGGAGCAGGGCCCGGGGCCCCAUCACAGAGCCUCCACCUCACUCACUGAUACAUGAGGAGAAGAUCCUAGAACUCAUCCACAGGAUCACUGAGCUGCUGACUAGAGAGGUUCCUAUAAGGUGUCAGGAUGUGGUGGUCUAUUUCUCCAUGGAGGAGUGGGAGUAUGUAGAAGGACACAAGGAUCUGUACCAGGACAUAGUCAUGAUGGAGGAUCACCGGCCCCGACCAUCACAAGAUGGAGUCAUUGAUAGAAAUCCACCCGAGAGGUGUCCCCGCCCUCUGUAUUCCCAGGACUGUGCAGAGGGAAAUGUCCCAGAGAAGCAUCAGGGUGAAAACCUGAUCAAUGUUAAGGUUGAGGUUAAAGUUGAACCAGAAGAGGAGACGGAUUUCGGGGCCGAUCAGCAGUGUAAGGAGGAAAUUCCAGGAGGUGUUACCCCAGAAAAUCCCAUUACGAACUCUGAGGGAAACUUCAUGUUAUUGCUGAAUUAUAAAGGAGAAGAUGGAGAGAUCAUGGAGCGCUCCUCAGGAGAAGAUGUAGAGAUCAUGGAGCGAUCCUCAGGAGAAGAUGGAGAGAUCAUGGAGCGCUCCUCAAGAGAAGAUGGAGAGAUUAUGGAGCGCUCCUCAGGAGAAGAUGGAGAGAUCAUGGAGCGCUCCUCAGGAGAAGACCUCCUUACCCCUGAUGUCCACCCAGAUCUAUCAUAUAAUAUUCCCCCUGAUCAUGGGGAACCUUCUCCUCACCAACUACACAUUGUCACCACAAGGACAGGUCAAAAAAGGAUCCAAUGUGAUGAAUGUGGGAAACGGUUUAUCAAAAGAUUGGAUAUUUUUACACAGAGAAGAAUUUACACAGGAGACAAGCCAUAUUUGUGUUCAAAAUGUGGGAAAUGUUUCAUAAGUAAAUCAUAUCUUGCUACACAUGAGAGAAGUCACACGGGAGAGAAGCCAUAUUCAUGUUCAGAAUGUGGAAAACGCUUUCUACAAAAAUCCCAUCUCGUUCAACAUGAGAAAAUCCACACGGGAGAGAAGCCGUUUCCGUGUUCGGAAUGUGGGAAAUGUUUUACUAGAAAAUCGGCUCUGGUUGACCACCAGAGAAGUCACACGGGAGAGAAGCCGUACACCUGUUCAGAGUGUGGGAAAUGUUGUAGCCAGAAAUCUGGUCUCGUCAUACAUCAGAGAAUUCACACGGGAGAGAAGCCAUAUUCGUGUACAGAAUGUGGGAAAUGUUUUAUUACUAAAGGCAAACUAAGGAAUCAUGAGAGAAUUCACACAGUAUAGAAGAGACAUUUUGAUAGUGUGCUAUAUUGCGGUAUUGUCUGGAUCUAAAAAGGUUUUAUGGUUAUUAAAAACAUGUCCCCUAUUCCUAGGAUAGAUCACAAGUGACUAUUUAAGGAGGAGUCCCCUGUGAUCUCCAGAACGGGGCCCGACUCUUCCCGCUGAAGGCUCCGGCCCAACCAUCUGAGACAUACUAGUCUCGGCAGUGACUGCAUUUAUUCCCGCCUGCCGAGACUAGUACGUUUUGGAAGGAGGGGGCCGGUGCACCCAGUGGGGAUAGAGGGGCCCCAAUCUGGAGACCUGAAACCACUGACCAAAGAGGCGCCCCGCAUCAGUCAUUGGCUGGCUAAAGUAGUCCCUGCAGCCUUGGAAAUGUCAUCAGGAAGCAGCCAAGAGGACGAUGAACCAGGACUGUCAGCCCAACAGUUGUGGGGGACCCCCAGCCACGUAUAAAAUGUUUCAUUUCAGGACAACCCCAUUUACUGUGACCAGGAUCCAUAGAAAAAAAAGUAUUGUGGAAGAAGUAAAGACCCUUUGUAAAGGCAGCGAAGCUAAAAGAUCUUUAUUACCCUAUUUAUUGUAUUCAUUAUAGUGCUGACAUGUCCCACAGGAUUAUCACAUCAGUCCCUGUUAAGGACAAUAAACCAUCAGAAUGUUUCUUUUUUUGUUGCUGAUGUAGUUUUUGGGAGGGAACCAAUGCAAAUACGGUUAAAGCAAAAAGAUACGGCUAAAUCUGAUAAAACCUUAUUAAUGACCUUACGGAAAUCAGUUAUGGGGAAAAUCCAUAUCGUCCUACGACGGCACAGGAAACAAAUGGGUUAAUCCGGUUAUCUCUUCCAAUCAGACAGAAGGAACAGAUUAAUCAAUUAAUUAUUACACAAACUAACUAACCAUAAAGGAAAAGACAUUGCAAUGUCCGUUUUUUGUGUUUCUCUAUUUUUCUGUUUUGGUGUCUGUUCAGAUACUGGGUUGUGGGUGGACAGUUUUCUUUGCUAUUCUCCCUGGCUAGGGAAUAGUUAAAGCUCUUAGCCAAUGACAGCUUGGGUGUGGCUAUUUAUACCCAAGCUCUCCUGAACUCUGUGCAGGUUAUUUGUUUUACCUUUUCUAUGUUUGUUUGUCUGAGUUUUAACCAUGGUUAUUAUUCCUGUUUACAGUAGAUUUUAGUCUGUUUGUGUUUUAAGUACUUUUGUGGGUUUAUAGGAUUAUGUAUGUCUGUUCUGCUUUAACCCUGUUAUCUUAGUCUGUGUUCACACGGUGAGUCUUGCUUGUUACUGUGCUCUGUAUUUUGUAUUCCUGUGUAGAAUCCUGACCCGUUUUCCUCAAUGUUAUGGAGUUUGGUUUUGUAUUAUUCCCAUUUGUAUCCUGGCCUGUAUUCCUCCAUGUUUUGGAGUCUGGUUUUGUGGAGUCAGACUCAUCCUGUUCUCAGUCUAGUGUUCCGUGUAUUAUUUUUCUGUUUCCUUCUAGACCAGUAUCUUGAUCACACAGUGGAGUGUGGCCGCUGGCUAGAAGAAUAUUUGGAGUUAGUUUUGAUGUCCCUCCAUGUUUCUGACCUGUUUCUGACUAUGUUCAGUAUUAUUUGUGUACCUUUACACCCAUGCACUUUAGUGCAGGUAGGGACCGACACCGUGGUUGUCGAUCCGCCGUUUAUAUCUGUCGGUCAUAACAGACUUAAAACCCCCAAUGAACAAAGAGAAGACGUGUUUUUUUGUUUCUUCUGCAGGACCAUACGGAGUCUUCUUUUAGUUCCCAUCCCCGUCCCUAGUAAUAGUCGGGAAGGUGUAUGGGGCUGAAGAAACUUCCUAUAGCUCUGACUGCAGUUUUUGGUUAUCUAUGGAUGGAUCGGUGGCAGUUUUUACUCCCAAUUUGUGCAUUCGGCUUGCCAAAGAAAGGCACAAGGAUUGAGGUACCUGUUUGGUUGUUGCUGAUAGCCUUCUUCACGCAAGCUGACUGGUCAAAACCAGAGAAGAAAUUUGUACCAGGUUAAUGGUUUAAAGUGGAACUCCGCUGCCCCACCGUUCAGAACAUUUUGUUCCAAACGCUUGGAGCGGGCGGCUGGGGAUUUUUGACGUCACGGCCAUGCCUCUCAUGAUGUCAAGUAACACCAUGUACGUCACGCCCCCUCCCAUAGAAUUGAGGGCGUGGUGUGACAUCACGAGGGGGCGUAGCCGUGAUGUCAAGACCCCCCACCUCCCGCACCCAGCGUUCUAAACGAAUGCCGGGUGCUGCACAGAGAUUUCGAGGGUACCAACUGUGGGACCCCUAGGAUCAGACAUCUUAAGGAUAGGGGAUAAGAUUUCUAGGGGUGAAAUACACCUUUAAGACCCUAUAAACUGGAUUCCAAGGCUACAGAAGCCUGGAAUUACCCAGCUAAGGUGGAUUUGGCGUUGGCUCGUCUCACUAUGAAGUCUCUCUUCCCAACAGAAGAUUCAUCUCAUGGAUAAGAGGUCUGAUGUAUGCAUGAAGAAGAUCUAUGUUAUUGCAGAUCUGAAGUGCCAAGCUUCAAUAGCUACAGUACCGAUGGCUAGAGCCCUCAGGAUAUGGAUCGGCCAGUUGUCCAAAGACGUGGCCAACUGAGAAGAAAUUCUUAAGAGGAUUCCGGAUAUGAAAAGAGCAGGAGACUUCGUUGGAUAUGCUGAGACUGGGUUCCAAAGCUAUGGCACUGUCUACAGCAAGGAGGAAAGACCUGUGGCUGAAAGAGUGUGUGAGGAACAGGGGGGCAGGGAGAAGUGACCCCUAAGCUGCCCCUAAGACAUCUCUCCCUGUCUACUUGCCCAUUCGCACUAAACAGCGGAUCGACAACUUGGAGACGGUGCCUACAAAAUAAACGGAACUGUGCAUAGCCGGGGAACAAAUAUUCAAUUCAAUAACCAACUAACAGAUAUAUAAAUACAAACAAUGCAGGGUAUAGCAUACUAACAAAACAGGCCAGGAAAUCAAGAGCACUGUUCACCCUGAACACAUUAGACUCCCCAUUCCAAACAUGGAGGGACAUCAAUACCAAAGCCAAAUAGACUCCUAGCAAGUGGGCACUCUCCACUGAGUGAUCAGGAUACUGGCCUAGAAGAAAACAAAAAUCCUUAAUACAUGCAAACACGGGUAAAGACAUAAGACUCACUCACUCCUAGAUAGGCGGAUUAGCACAAGGCUCAGAACGUGAUUCUAUCCUAGGAGUAGUAGGAACUAGCAAGGUCAAAACAGUACUGAAAUUAUGCACAGUGUGAAUGCAGACUAAGAUAUAUCAAGGUGAAUGCAGAACGAACAUACAAAAUACUAAAAACCCUACAAAUGUACUUAAACAAAGCAGGCUAAAAUCUAGAUAUCAAACAGGACAGGUAACCAUGGUUAAAACUCAGGAUAAGUGCACAACCAGACAAAGUGAACAUAAUAAACCAGACAUGGUCAGUGUAUAGGUCCAGAAGAGCUCGGGUUUAAAUAACCACACCAGAGAUGCCAUAGGCUGAAAGCAUUAACUCUUCCCAAACCAGGGUGAAUUAGCACAGAAACUGUUCAGACACAAAAACAAUGUCUGUACAGGACCUAAAGCAGAAAAAUGCAAAAACACAGAAACUGUCACAUUACAGAGUGGUGGAGGAGGGGGGGGGGGGUCUGGGGGAGAGAUAUUCUCUCGAAGAACCAUUUCUACUCUCUCCCCUUUCCAGCAGGAAGAUUAUUUGGGCAGCAACUGAAUCAGAUCCUGGAAUCAUUAAAUAUAUCUAAAGGUACAUCAUUUCCUAAAGUCAACCAAAAAAUAUGAGCUUUGCCCAUUUCGGAGGUAGCAGAGGAGAUCACUUUACAGGAGAUCAAGACAACAAGGAUGUCCCCUUACACCAAAGGAACUUUGAAGUCUAUUCCAUAAUUUUAGCUGUGCCCCAGAAAGAGGGCCAAAAGCGCCUUGUAAUAGACCUCUCCUGUAAUCCACUCCCUACUAAUUGUUUGCUUUGCUUUCCAUGAGUCCAUUGGAAGCACUGCACCCCACAAUAAAAUAUUUGGCUGCAUCACUACCACAUCUUCUCUUUGUUCUCUGGGGGGUUUAUGUCCUUUCCUUUAUGGUUAAUUGGUUGUGAUUAUAUACAAAGUGAGUGAUCAAGUGAUUACUUAGUUUGUUCUGCCUGGUAGUAAGAUAUAACUGGAUGUACCCAUAUGUAUCCUGUGCUGCCAACGGACUCACGAAAAGAAGAAGACAUUUCAGUGAGGAAAUGAAAACUAUUGACGGGAAUACUUUUUUUUUGGUGCCUUAUAAAAUCGUAACAUGGUUGGACACAGCAUGGCCUCAAGAGUUUGGCUCCAGUGUUUUCAGAGGUUGAUGUUUUUGGGGAACUUUUCUGUUUAAAGUUAGAGAGUGCCUGUCAAGACUAUCCAACAGCGGGCUAUAUGUAAACUGGUCGGCCUUCUCUCAGCCUGAGACAUGGCCUGACAUGACGUGAUCAGUAGUCGAAAUGCCGGAAGUCCCAAAGGUCUUCCGGCAAGGCCACGAGAAUGCUGGCCAGUUUACACGUAUUUUUCCACUGGAUUGUCGUGACAGGUACUCUUUAAAAGGGUUCUCCAACAUAAGGUGAUUUUAGUAUGUACAUGGACAUGCUUAGGAAGGAUCUGCAUCUUGGGGCUAAAUAGCUAUGUUGUGAGAUUACCAUAACGCUGCCGCUAUGUUUUUGUGAACUGGCUAUUUCCUGUUGGAGUUUGUUCUCUUUAACUACAAGUCCCAUAAUUCCUUGUUUGUGUGAGGUCACUUUUCUCCCUCUCCCUCAUUAGCCACCUCACCCAUUAAAACACACCUGUGCUCCCUUUAAUACAAUAGACCAGUGUUUUCUAACCAAGGUACCUCCAGCUGUUGCAAACUCUUGCAGAAUGAUCUCCCUCCCACCCAGUGGUCGCUCCACCCAUUGAAGCACAGACAGGUUCCCUCUGAUCACCUGACUAGCGAUGUAAUGUCUCGGGCCGCACUGCAACCUGGAAAAACCUGGAGACAACACUCCUUUUGUAUGCUGAUAAAAAUAAACAUCGGGGCAAAAAUCACAUAAGAAUUGUGAGGCCACCAUCAAACACAGGUACAGACACUAUAUUAUAAACUACACCAACUUUACAGCCCCUGGAGCAUAGUCAAAUAAAAGCCUUGUAAUGAUCAUCUUCUGAUGAAUGGAGAAUGGUCAGUGUUGUAGCCAUUUACAAAUAGUAUAGAUGAAUAAUAGAGAAGCCAGUUAAUACGAGAAAGACAUCUAUAGUGCUAAAAAUGAUGAAAACUCUUGUAAAACUCUUGGGUGGCGGCAAUUGAACACCAACACACCAACAACUUUUUACAAACUUUUUUACAUGCAAACCAACAUGGCUUUGCUGAGACUCCAUCAUUUCUCUAAUAUUAUUGAUAUCUUUGCAUACAAAAGGACUGGAUAAAGAUGUUGCUGUAGAUAUCACCGACGUGGACUUCAGCAAAGCCUUUGAUGCAAUUCCUUAUUAAGUGUGGACACAUAAGUAAUUGCGAGUCGGCCCUUGUCUCUUGAUAGUUCGGUAAAUUUGCAGUUGGCUGAGGGAUAGAUAUAGUGUAUUCUGAGCACAGACUGGUUACACACAAGGGUCUGUUCUGGGCCCUAUUCUUAUUUAUAUGUUUGUAAGACUGUUCAGUGGGUAAGGUUUGCUUGUUUGCCGAAGUGUGCAAAAGGCUUGAUGUUCCUGGAAUACAGAAAAGGAUUUAGCAUUACCAGAUAAGUGGAGACUGUAGUUCAACGUUUCCGAAUUUUAAAUGAUUCAUUCGUCUGUGUUAGUGAAGACUUCAGAAGAGAAGGACGUAAGGGCCGUGAGUUAUGACAGUCUGAAAGUGAGUACACUGGGGAGUCGGGAAAGCAAAAUCCUGAGCUAUAUAGCUAGAAUUAUAAUCGAUAGAUUGUGCCCCCUGUAUAGAGCUCUAGUGAGCACAUCAGGAAUACUGGGGUCAGUUCCGGAGACCUCACCUAUAAAGAGACAUCCAGAACAGAGCGGCUCCAAAGAGGGGACAACAAUGGUGGAAAUGUAGAUGGGGACAUAGAAACAUAGAAUGUGUCGGCAGAUAAGAACCAUGUGGACCAUCUAGUCUGCCCAAGAAUGUUGUGUGUUUGUGGGGGAGUUUAAAGUGGUGCUCAAGUCUCUAUAAAGCCUCUCCUUUCUAUUGGAUCACAUUCUACCUCAUAAAAUGCACCAAAAAGUACUUGUUUUUCCGCCCUAAUAAAUCUGUCUCUACUUGUUUGUAAAUAAACAUCUCAAAAUCCA